CUUUGUUGUUAGAAAAACAUCACAGGCGCAGAAGGAAAUACUGCACACUAAACCAAAUGCGACGGAACGGAUCUAAACCUUCCAGUAACAGCGGUUGCUGAUGGCUACCCGACAGCCGUUUACGAGUUCUGAUACCUCUGAUGAAGCAGUCAGAGCCACCUGUGACGAUGCUUCGACUUGUAAAAGGUUUGCCACCAGUAAAGGCUAUUGGAAAGACCCAUAUAUCCAGUAUUUUGUGAGGCAGAGUGGAGAAAGAAAAGCUCCUGAAAUCAGCAGAGGUUAUUAUGCUCGGGUGCAUGGAGUGAAUCACCUGCUUGAUGGCUUUUUAAGGAAAACGGAAUGCAACUGCCAGGUUAUAAAUCUGGGUGCUGGUCUGGACACAACAUUCUGGAGAUUAAAGGAAGCAAACCUCCUGCCCAAAAAAUACUUUGAAGUUGACUUUUCCAUGAUUGUUGCAAGGAAGCUACACAACAUCAAAACAAAGCCUCCACUGUCUAAGCCUAUUGUUGAAACACAUUCAACUGAUUUACUUCUGAUGGAUGGCCACAGUUUAGACUCGGACCGAUACUGCAUCAUUGGAGCGGAUCUGCGGGAUCUCCCUGCAUUGGAAGAAAAACUGAAGAAAUGCCACCUCAACACACAAUUGCCAACACUGUUUGUGUCGGAGUGCGUGCUGGUCUACAUGACUCUGGAGCAGUCUUCAAGUCUGGUGAAAUGGGUGGCAGACACCUUUGACACUGCCAUGUUCAUAAACUAUGAGCAGGUGAACAUGGCUGAUCGCUUUGGGCAGAUCAUGAUUGAGAAUCUGCAGAGAAGGCAAUGCAACCUGGCAGGAGUAGAAGUCUGUAGAUCACUUGAGUCACAGAAAGACAGGUUUUUAUUAGCUGGCUGGGAAAAAGCUGAUGCACUUGAUAUGAUGAACGUAUACAGCAUCCUUCCGCAAGAUGACGUGGGAAGGAUAGAACGGCUUGAGUUUUUGGAUGAAAGGGAACUUCUUCAACAGCUGUUACAGCAUUACUGCAUCUGCUGGGCUACGAAAGACAAGCUGAGCCUGGGUCUCUUAGAUGUUACGUUUUAAUUAUUUUGACGGAAAUGGAAGAACAGCUGUUGCUGCAUGUCUGGAACUGCUGGCUGUUUGUGCCUAACUGACUUUUUUCAACUGUUGUCUAAGUAAUGUUUCUGUUGCAAUAAAACCAGAUGAAACCCUGA